CUGAUGUUGAUUAGGUUUUUACAACGGCCUAGGCCCGAUUUCAUAGCAGCAGUUCGCGAAGAUUUGUACGCAGCUGUUCAGACAAAGCACAAAAAUGGCGUGCAUUUUACAAUAUGGUAAACAAUACAAGCUCAGAUUCCCCGAAGGUGAAUACAAGAAAAAUUUCAAACUCAACUGGUGUCCUGCUCAGGGAACGCAAAAAACCAUUAUCAGAUGCAAAUGGUCAGAUUCCUACAAGUGUGACACUGAAGACGGUUUCGAAAUUGAAUUUCCAUCUGAUAAUGAAGCCCUGAUCACGUUGCCUGAGAACUUAAGGGAUACACCUGCAAGUCUCAAUUGCCAAUUAUCAGGCCAGACAGUAACCCGCCUAGAAGAAUGCUCAUUGCCAGUGAGAGGAAACCCCAUGGGUGGUAACACUGUUGAGCCUCAAGGUGUCACCGAUUUGUUACAAAGUGCACCUGAACCGCUUCUUCCGAUGUCAGAGGAUUCCGGGAAAGGAGAUACCAACCUUGGAAUAGUUAUUGGUUGUAUUAUUGGAGCUGGCAUCAUCUUCACCAUUCUCCUCAUCAUCUUUCUGUUCAGAAGAUACAAGCAUAAGCAAAGUCUUUACUGUUCAGAGAAACCUAACAUGAAUGAAAGCCCUGUGGUAGGACACGUAAACAAGAUAAUGGUGGAAAAUGAACAGAACACCACCAGGAAGGAAACAUACGUCAGUGACAUUGAUGAGAUGAAGCCAUUUCUUUGGAAUGAGCAAGAAUCAAAUGAAAAAAAUGCCUGUAACAAGGGUUCAGAGAAGAAAAGCAGUGAUGGGGAAUCAGAUAAAACAAAGAACGAUGAAGGUAUUGAUGAAAAGGGAAGCGAUGAGAAGAAAAGCAGUGAUAAGGAAUCAGAUAAAACAAAGAACGAUGAAGGUUUUGAGGAAAAGGGAAGCGAUGAGAAGAAAAUCAGUGAUAAGGAAUCAGAUAAAACAAAGAACGAUGAAGGUUUUGAGGAAAAGGGAAGCGAUGAGGAAAAGGGAAGCGAUGAGGAAAAAAGCAGUGACUGCGACACUGAUGAAAAUAACAGCGAUGAGGGCUUUGAGGAAAAAAGUGGGAGCUCGAAGCUUGGAGGAGAGAAACAUGGAUGAAUCGAUGUACUUGAUAAAAGCAGCUCAUUAUUCAUCUUCAGCAAACGACUUUUUAUCGGAGUGCAUUGUCAUUUACUUACAUCUCACAAAGCACGCUUUUACACUCGGAGACAGUUGGGAGGAAGUGCUGGCAAGACCUGCACCGGGAACUUUUUAUACUAAUGGAAAACCUAAAACGUGGCCUCAUCUUCGGAUUCUGUUAUCCAGCAGGCAGUCACUUUUUGCAUUUAUGUUAUCAUUAAAAUUUUCCCAUUUGUUCUUAUAUCUUAGACAAAAUUUUAGCUAUUUACACUUUAAUUUUGUCGGAUAUAUUCAUGUAAACAAAUACUUUAAAAAACUGCCAACAGUGUGUCUCGAGAUCCUUUGCACCAAGGGAUUAUAUGUGCUACUGUGUUGUGUGCGUCCCUCUGAUGGAUCGCUACCUUGCCGCGGUCAGAGGGCUUACAUGUCUCUACACCUCAACCUUUGCAGACUGGGAAACAAACCCACUCUUAAAGGUUGAGAGUAGAGACCAAACUAAGUGCGAUCCUCUAGCCCUGGCAAUUCACGGUGGUUGGUCCAUGGACGACCAGUGGCAAUGAGUUAACUAUAUCACUGACUUUCAGACUAUCCAGUGAAACAAUUAACACGAAUAAGACUUAAGACUUUGGCAAAAUAAGAAUGCUAUAACUUAACUGAAACAAGGAAAAACAAAACACAAAUUAUUGCCACUGGUUGAAAUAUUGAAGAGAUUAAGGUGUGAGCCAUAUUAGAACUACUCUCAAGUAUGUUACUCUGUCUAAUGUUUUGGAUUAUUUUUUUGUCAAUUUUUUGCCCAUGGCUUCUUUAAGUAUGUGUAUCCACAGUAGAAGGAACCUGUUGAUUAUUUUUUAAUCUGUUCUAUAUAGUCCCGAAUGGGUCAAAUUAGUUAUUGCCAGUCACCUGAAAUUACAUCACACCUGUGUUGUUUAUUUCUAUGCUUUUGGUAUACUGACUGGACUGACCAUUAUGGCAAGCGGAACAAAAUAUUUUUGAAACAGUUUAAUUAGUUCAAAGGUCAGCGCAAGCUUCAUUCUGACCAGCUUUUUCCGAUGUCUGUUGAAUAUAGACUGUUGGUUAUUGUUUUAAUUGUAAACUGACUUGAAAGAAAUACUUGCUAUUUUAUGAUAGGUCAUUUAACGAAACCAUGGGUAGAAACUUGAUCGCUGCGCCACAAAUCAGUAGCAGUAAUUAGUCCACGUUGCAAUAGAACAUGGGACACACUGUUGGUAACUUUUAAGGAUUUGUGGAUUUUUUCAGAAUGAUGGGUUCAUCAAAGUGAUAACUAUGAUUCGGUUAAAGAAACGUUCAGAAAGGUUCACUCCUAGGAUUUUUGCUUUUGAGCUAUAAAAGCGAUUUUUCUCUUUUUCUUGUUUGUUCCUUUUCCGUUUCGCUUAACAAUUGGUUAUGGUUUUCUGUCUGCUAUUUUCAGUUCAUAGUUUCAGCCAAGAGAUUUGCCAAGACUCCUCUGUCCGACGAAGGUAGUACUUAUGUCCCUUCUGGCGCUGAAACACAAAGCCGACUUUCAUGAAAUUCAAUCAUAAGUCGUUACUCGAAAAUAGAUAUCUAAAUUUAUAUAAUUGCUGCUGUUAUGAUUUCAUUAGUUUUGUCCUUGUGUGUGGAAAUGAAACAACAUUGUAUUGUUUUUCCUAGAUGUAACUUGAACACAACUAACACAAUUGUUUAUUUCAAUUUUAGAAAAGUAAACAUGGAUGCCGCUAGCUAUCCCAGUGUUGACUAAGCUACACAUUUUAUUAUAAGUAGUUAAAACAUGGUGUUUGCAAACAUUUGGCUACAAAGUUAUAGGUUUACUUAGUAGUACAGAGGUUCAGGGUAGACUAGCUUCAUAGGUUUUGUGAACUUGACUAUAUAGCAGUCUUCAGCAAUAUUAUAAAUAACUGGCAUUCCGCAAAAAUUCUGUUUGUUAUAUGUAUCUGGAUUGACUUCUUAACCCAUAGCCACUUAGCUUUUGUUUUUUAGACAUCUGGUGGUUGGGACUGUAGCUAAAACUUUUAAAAACAAUUUUUUAUCUUUUGAUGUCUUAUCCAAGCUGGACAAAAGUUCAUUGCUACAGUUGUACUGGUUUUUUUUCUGUCUUCCAUUUUAGCAUCUAGUAUUUAAGCGUUUUGCAUGUGUACAUGCGUAAUAUUAUUUUAACUAAAUUUUAAAAUACAACCCAUUAAAAUGUUAUUUAUAUACAUUGUAGAUAAAGUGCAUCACAGGAGUAUCACUCGUUCCCUCAGAUUUGUAAAAAUGCACACCUAUUCCUUAUUAUUACCGAGAUUGACAGGAGAAUGUAAAGCUCAUAGUUUGUUCUCCAAAUGAUUAGCACAUGAUUAACUGUGAUUGUGACAGCAGAAGUAGGAUCCGUCAUUUGUUUACUUUUGCCCCUACAACGAAUUGUCUUAAAAUGCAAUUGUCGUUUUUCAACUUUUGCAUGUGGUAUUUUGAGAAGAAAUGAGCAUAUGACAAGGAUAAUGAACCUGUAAUACUUUAGUGUUUUUACACAUGGUCCCUUUUAGAGAUUUUCCAGCCUUUUGUCUUGUCUAGAGAAAACCAGGAAUUGGUACUUGGAAAAUGUCUAUUGGCGUCAAACAAGCCUUUGUUUUAAAGCAAAUAAAUACUCUUUUGGUGGUGUGCAAUAUAACCAAGUAUUUUUUAAAAGGAUUGCUGAUAUAUAAUUUAUAUAUCCCAAGCAUUUUCUACCUUCGGUAGUUUGCUCUCAGAAAGACCAAACGUAAAAUCAGUCUUUUUAUUGAAUGACAAAAUAUUUUUAUUGUUUUAUUGUAUGCGUUGUAUCUUAAUAAAAAAAACCAUUGAACAUUCAAUCUUUACAGAUUGCUAUAUACGCUUGUCCUUCCGCAAAGACCUUCGAUCCGAAAAUCAUUACAGCAUGAUCUGUAUAAUACUUUCGAGCCUGUGUAUUUUGUAAACUGACCAGCACUGGGACAGUGUGAACAUCAGCAGCAAGCAGAAACAGUUUGACAUGCCAGAGUAAUUUUACAAUGUCUCUAAUAUGCAACGUCGUUGUUAGAAAUGAAAAAAAUCUGUCGGUCAGUUAGAUACAUUCCUGAUGUUCUAAUACCCUAAUUCUAGUCGGAUACCCAGCAUUUACUACAACUGUCUUGCUGUUAAGUAAGUGUAUUGCAGCAUAGAGACCUUAAUAAUUGACAUAUAAACAUAUAAGACAUACAGAAUGAAUGUUACACUGAUAUCUCGGCAUUUAUGUUCCACAUGCUGUCAGAUCAGUGUGUUGGGUGUAUGUAAGCAUGUAUAAAUACUAGCCUUGUCAAAGGCUUGUAAAUGCCCUCUUUGUACUUGGUGUUAAGAGUCCGUAAUGUUUGAACAAGGAAACAAACAUUUUAUACUUCCUUCUCAUACAUAACAAAUCCUCUGUUGUAUGAGAAAUAUGAUUAUACAGAGCAGGCUCUUAUUUCACUAGAAGUAAGCAAGCCAGUUCUUCACGGAACUCUGUCGUUUUAAAUGUCUAAUCAGACCUCACAAGAUAGUUUUGUCGUUUGUUUUCUCUUUUAUAUUUCCUUAAUGUGUGUUACACAAAUACUGCAUGUCUGCCCAGUAGUUUGUCCCCUUCUGUUCCUAUGUCCGGCACUUUUUUUCCUCAAUGGUUUUCUCUCACCCGAGAGAAAUUCGUGCAUUCUUUCAUCACGCAAAGACAGAUAACACACUGAAAAUAUUUGAUCAUGAGUAUUUCACUCCGGAUACCAACACCUUGUGCAUUUUUGCUGGAAGUAAUGAUAACACUUACAAAUAUUUCUUGUUUUUUAUUAUUGUACUAGGAAAGGCUAUUAUUUGUAUAUUUCAUAUUAUCAAUAAUAACACACGGUAUACAUCAACAAGCUAAAUUUUUAACCUUCAUUUUUAGAGCAAACUUUUCUCCUGCUCUAAGAAAAUUCAAUCGUUUAUUCGCUUACUGAUCUUUGCACAUGAUUUAUAUUUGGUAAAGAAAAAAUACCCUUGGCUAGCUCUAUAGUUUUUGUUUUGUGGUGUUAGUGGGGUAGUUGGAGUAACAGUGUGAAUAAAGAAUAAAACCACUGAUAAA